AUGGAGCCGUCCACCAAAGUACGAAUCGCCAUCAUUGGCGCUGGCCUCAUUGGACCACGGCAUGCACAAGCGGUUAUCAAAUGCGAGAAGGCCGAGCUUGUUGCCUUUGUCGACCCUGCCGAGACCGGAACACAGACUGCUGCUUCGUUUGGCGUUGCCCAUUUUCAAUCCGUCGCCGAUUUACUACAGUCGUCACAUGCUCCUGAGGCUGCAAUCAUAUGCACGCCGAAUCAUACUCAUGUUGCUCUGACCAGGGAACUAUCGGCUGCCGGAGUACAUGUCCUGGUUGAAAAGCCCAUAAGCGCUGAUAUAGCGACUGGCAAAGAGCUUCUUCGAUACCUCGAUGCGGCCAAAGUCAAGGUCUUGGUAGGACACCAUCGUCGUUUCAACCCGUACGUGAUUGCUGCAAAACAGAUCGUGGCCGCUGGUACACUUGGGAGGGUCAUAGGUGUAAACGGUCUAUGGGCACUAUACAAACCUCCUCAGUACUUUGACCCACCCACUGAAUGGAGGAGAGGCCAGACUGGGGGCGUUGUGCUGAUCAACAUGGUCCAUGAGGUUGAUAUCCUGCAUUACCUCUUCGGUCCUAUCGUCUCAGUCCAUGCCGAGAAAGUUGCCUCACAAAGAGAUUUCGAAGCUGAGGAAGGUGCCGCAAUCAUCUUGCGCUUUCGGUCAGCUGUUAUCGGAAGUUUCUUCGUAUGCGAUAAUGUACCUUCGCCGUGGAACUUUGAGGCUGGCACGGGAGAAAAUCCCACGAUACCCCAAAGUGGACAAGACUUCUAUCGCAUAUUUGGUAGUGAAGCAUCACUGAGCGUGCCGGAUAUGUCGGUUUGGUCCUAUAAAGAGGCGGAAAAAUCAUGGAACUCAGAGUUAGUGACAGAGCGUGCCAAAGUAUCACAAGGCGUGCCCUUCGAGUUGCAAAUAAAUCAUUUCUGUAAAGUUGUCCGCGGCGAAGAAGACCCCAGCUGCACUGCGCAAGCUGGUCUUGCUGCUCUGAUCGCCUGUCAGGCUAUCAAGGAAGCUAUGGAAAACAGUACCACCGUGGAAUUAGAGACUUAUUUACUGUGA